UUUCGCUGCUGACGGAGGACGGCGGAGAUGUUUGGAGUUUUUUAAUAUAAAUUUAUUUAUUUAAAUAAAAAUGGCCGCCGCGGAGCGCGGAGCGGACAGACUGGAGGCGGGACAAGAAGGUGAAGAGGGAGACCCCCAACCCUCAACCAGACAGAGAGACAGGUCACACAGUAAGACAAAGAAGCCACACAGGGAGCGCCGUCAUGGUGACCAGGGGCCCGAGUCUGCGGCCUCAACCACCCCUUCAGCAGUUAGUGAACAGCCACAGAGCCAGGUGGUGGAGCCAGUGGCGGGACCCUCAGACCAAGGGUCUGAGUCGGCAGGCUCUCCCAGGCAACGCCGCUCCAUCAUUCGGGACCGAGGGCCAAUGUACGAUGACCCGUCGCUGCCUGAAGGCUGGACCCGCAAACUGAAACAGAGAAAGUCUGGACGAUCCGCAGGGAAGUUUGACGUCUACCUGAUCAACUCGGAGGGAAAGGCAUUUCGUUCAAAGGUGGAACUCAUUGCCUACUUUGAGAAGAUUGGUGACAAACAGACCGAUCCCAAUGAUUUUGAUUUUACUGUCACGGGGCGCGGAAGCCCAUCCCGUCGUGAAAAGCGCCCUCCCAAAAAAACAAAAGUGGUGAAACCAUCAGGACGAGGCCGAGGGCGGCCCAAAGGCAGUGGAAAAAUGCGUCAGGCCACUGAGGGUGUGGCCAUGAAGCGAGUGGUUGAGAAAACCCCAGGAAAACUGCUGGUUAAAAUGCCUUUUGGCAAGGCCGAGUCCUCCCCUGGAACCACAUCAAAGGUGGUGUCUCCUACCGCAGUGCCCAAGUCCCGGCCAGGUAGAAAGAGAAAAUCAGAACAGGAACUUCCACCUCCACCCAAGGCCGCUCCCAAAAAACGAGGAAGGAAACCAGGAUCAACCUCUGCACCAUCAUCAGUCACUGCUGCAUCCACGUCUUCAACCACAGCCUCUGGUAGCUCAACAGCUGGAAGCUACACUGCAGCUGCCAUUAUGGUGGCUGAAGCCAAACGGAGAGCAGCUAAGGAGUCUUCCACUAAACCUGUUGUCCAGGAAACAGCUCUGCCAAUCAAAAAGCGCAAAACAAGAGAAACUGUGGAAGAGAUGGAGAGUGUUCAGGCUCUACUGGUUACACCUGCUGAGACUGGAAGCACCAGUGCAGCACAGAAAAAGGGAGGAGAAGCGGAGGGAGGUCCAAGCUCUGACCCAAAGCCUACAUCCACUGUAGGAAGCCAAUCAGAGAAGCAACCCUCUGCUUCAGAUGAGAGCCAAUCCCAUGGACACAAGUCACAUAAGUGCCAGAAGCACAAGGAAAAAAGAGAAUCUGGAGAUGAAGGAAGCAAAGGCAAGGAUGUUGGUGAAGAUGAAGGAGGGGGUGGAAGGAGUAGCAGCAGUAGUAGCAUCAUCCCUUCAAAAAGCCACAAAAGGAAGGAACGACAACCUCAUAAACACCAUCACCACCACCACCAUCACCACCGCCACCAACAGUCCUCUGGCUCACCUUUAGAUCACCCAGCUCCUCCUCUGGCAGUUUCUGAAUCACCUCCUAGCCAACCCAGGCCUGAAGCUGAUCCCCAGACUGUGCCUCAUCAAGCCCCUGAAAAAAAGGUUCCUCCCAAACCACACCAAAAGUCUGUGCCUCAGCCCCCUCCUGAAUCUCUGCAACCUGUUUCUCCACCACACCACCAGCCCCGUUCCUGUCCUCAUACCUCGUUACCCAGUCCAUCACAAGCCCAUAUUCUGCAAGUAUCCCAGUCAUCCCCCACCAGACAUUUACUGCCUGAGCCACGGUCCCAACAACCCCAAAUCCAAACCCUCAGUCAGCCAUUGUCUACCAACCAGUCAGCCCAGUCACUCACCACAGCCCAGCACCAAAGCCACCAUCAGAUUGUACAUGCUCCACCUAAGUCCCCACCUAUUCUGUAUGCUCAGCCAUCUCAAACUAGGCAUUCACAAUCACAGGUCCAGUCCUCCACAGCACUCCAGCCUCAAAUCCAGCCUAGACAUUUGCCUCAUAUCCAAUCUCAGAUUAAACAAUCCCACCCUCAGACCUCAGUUCAGCUCCAACUCCAAUCCCAGCCAAGAAUUCAAACACAAUCUCAGUCACAAUCCCAAACCAAGACACCACCCAAAAUUCAGUCUCAAUCACAGGCAAGAAUCGAGCUGCAACCACAGUCUCAAUCCCAAGACAGAUUACCUACCCAGAUUCAAAGUCAACUCCAGACCAAGACUCCAACACAAGUCCAGAGUCAACUCCAGACUAGAACACCAACACAAGUCCAGAGUCAACUCCAGACUAGAACACCAACACAAGUCCAGAGUCAACAUCAGACAAGGAUUCCAACACAAAAUCAAAGCCAACUGCAGACAAGGGUUCCAGCUCAACCUCAUCCUCACUUGCAAUCUGGCCUUCAUGUCCUGCCUCAAACCCGUAUGAGACAGACCUUGCAACACCAUGUCCCAAAUCCGCAUAGAGCCCCACCCAGUCAAUCUCCCACCCGGCCUAGGCCACCCAUUCCCCAAUCCCAAACACAUCCACACUUUCAAAGCUUUCAAACCCAGUUGCAUCCCCAGUCCCUCUCUCAACACACAAGGCUACAUGCGCAGAACCUUGUUUCUCACAGACCGUUAUCAUCCAGCCACGCCCAUCCAAAUCUCAUCCCUACUCAACAGAACCAGAGUGAACAGCCACAGGACCUGAGUACCACACGGCCUCCCCUAGAGAGCCAGUUCCCAAGAAGAGACGCCAGUAUAGAGGGCAUCAGGAUGGAGGGAAGAGGAGAGCUGCUCUCAGCAUCAGAUACCAGAGAAGUUUUAGAAGGUGAAAGAGGGUCAAACAGCACAUCAAGACCUUCUAGCUCUGUGCCACCUGGACCUCCUGGAGUAGCAGGGUCCAGUCUUGUGCCUGGAGCAGACGGUAGGGCUCGACUGAGGGUGGAGCCAGAGGCAGCAGGUGACAGCAAGGAGCUCAGAGACAUUGUCCCACAGUCCACCGUUCCCCGUCCCAGCUGUGAGGAAACUGUAGAGUCACGAACUGCUGUCAGUGAAAGAGUCAGCUGAUUGGUUGGUCAGGUGAAAGGCAAGCAGAUUGGUGACCUUACAGACUGAGUCAACCCCAGACGGAGCAGUAUGGACCUCACUCUGUUUUCAAACAGAAGCUGGAAGAACCGUCACAGCUUCUACUGUUGGAUUCUGUCUGGAGACUUUGUGAAGUUGUAGAAGGUACAGCCAGUUCGGCGCUGAAGGACGGAUUGAGAGGGGAACGAAUAGAGUCUUUUUCUAGAACAAAACAAAUGACAAGGAAAAACAAGAAAAAGAGCGUGUGUAUAUAAUCUAAAGGCAGCUGUUGCAUCUUGUUAGUCUCCAUAUGGAGGUGGGGAGUAGUUUGGAACUAAAAACCGUCGCUUAACAACACAUUACUCUGAUAAAAUGUUGCUUCCGGAAUAUAACCUGUUUUUUAUUUAGUAGUUGAUUGUUUUGUCUUUGUUAUACAGCUUUAAGAAGUAAUAUUACCAACAGCCCUGACUCUAACAUGGCCCACGUUGACUGACAGUCCUUUCCUCAAACCAGUCCUUGACUGAAAGUCUACGAGGCAAUGCGGCAUGGCGGUUUGCACCUUAAAUUGGUUUCUUAAAAAUUUCUCAUCUUUAUUUUUCAAAGUUUUCCAUGAAACCCUAAAAAGCAGAGGCUUUCUUUUAGUGUUCUCAGUUCUUGUGCUUACUCUUGCCUCUCGCUAUUUUGCCUGAGAUCAAAAGUGUUAAAGUUCUCAGUCAUCUUCCAGAUUUCCUCAGACACGUCAUGAAUCUGGAACCAGCUGGAACCCCGACUCUGACGGCCUGAUUCAGAAGGACUUUAACAGCUUGAGGAGUUCAUGGUUCCUCUCAGCUGAUUUAGGAUCUGAUGAAUCCGGCCGAUAAGAAAAGCUGCUCAUUGGUGUUUCAACAUUUCCAGUUCAGCCAGUUCUUCCAGGAUUUUUCCUAAACUGGUCUUCAUGAACUUGUAUGUCUCUCUCAAAUUUUGUUUCUACCGUAAGCACUUUUGAUAUCAAACCAAACCCAUGCCUACAGUAGCUUUAUUUGAGUUCUUUUGAUAAUGAAUGUGUGGGAAAGGACCCAUUCUAAAUGUGUCUUUACGUCAGAUGUCUGGAACAGUUUGCACAUCUCAACUUUAUACAAUCAACCCCCUGCAUGUCGCUCAGAGACCCUGCAGGCCUUCAACCGGGGCCCGCGUUUGCAGAGGCCAUCCUGGCUCAGGUUCACAGUCCAGGUCUAACCAGGAAAGGUGGUUCCGAUGGAUCUGGGUGUGCAGAGAGGACAGAACUGUGGGCUUUUCCCUUCAGAUCUGAGAGUCACAGUUCGGAGGUGUCAGGAUGCUUUCUGAGCUGCAGUCAUGAUGUCUUGGUUUGAUCAGUUCUUGUUGCCGAUGGCCCAGGCACACGUUACACUGAGAUUCCUUGCCACCUUUACCGCUGAAUCCACACGUUGUUUCAGGUGUUCUUAACAAAACCGUUGAUGGUUUCAGAAGGAAAUGUUUGGUGUCUGACCAGUCUCACCGCUAAGGACACCCAGCGACACCUUCAGUUCAAUCAUCUCAAUUUCUGUUACUCCGACUGCACCAAGUUCACCAGGAACUUCUAACACCUGCAGACUAAAAACAGACAUUGUGAGAUGCCACUCUCUGUUUCCAUCACUAUUUUUUCAUGCCCAUUUUGAAGUGUCGCAUUAGAAAAAGUUGAUGGAAAUGGUAAAAUUCAAAAUAACUUCCUCAAUUUCACAAACAACUUUUUACACUCGCAUGAGGUGAUUUUUCGCUCUUCCGAAAAAGAGUUAAUGCGAGAGAUGGAAGCAACAAACUUUCCCAUCCACAGUUUGGUCUGUGUUUUACCAGAGGUACGAAACCUGGAGGAAAAAGUCCAGACCUACAGCACAAAGUGGAGGACUAUUUUUUCUGAGAUGUGGGUCCAUGCUAGUUUAUACCCUCUGCUUCCUGUUCAUUCACGCCAUGCGUAGUGUCAACAUUUGACAAAAUAACACUUUGUGUAACCCAGGAGUGCUAAAGUCCCAUCCUCCAGAGUUACCGUCCUGCAACUUUUAGAUAUAUCGUCACUCCAACAGACCGGGAUCAGCUCUGAACAGGCCUGGUAACCAGCCAAUCAUUGGAUUCAGGUGUGCUGGAGCAGGGAAGCCUCUGAAAGCUGCAGGACGGCCUUGGAGGACGUUGAGAAGGAGGUAGACAUCUUUGCGAACAAGAUGACAAAUUUCGUCAGGCGUCUACAUCAGUGAGAGCUGAUUUUGGCUCUUGGAUGAAGUGUGUGGGCCUUCAGAGUGUCUCUGAGGGGUUAUGCUGUAGAAUCAUCACGCAGAAACCAACACGUCUUCAGGAAGUAAACAGAUUAACUGUGACCUGUUAGGGUUCUGUGACUCUCUGACCUGAACCUCCCAGUCCCUCUUAGUUCUGGAUCCAGUAACCCGGCUCGCUGUGAGCCCCUUUAGCGUAGCCCGGCCUCUGCGUCCGCGCCGCCACCUGCUCAGAGCAGCGAACCCAUCGGCUGCACGCCACCCCAGAAACGUUCCUCUCUGAUUGGACCCACUCCACAGGACUCGACCCAGCACAAUCUACAGUAACCAGCCACCAUAUUGCAUGUUCCAGAGUUUAGUGCCUAUAUUAAUAAUAAUAAUAAUAUUGUGUGUCUUGCCAGAAGCCACCAUGUCAGCCGAGCCAUGUUGUGUUUCUAGACCUUAGUAGUAAUGUGUGUGGUGACUUCAUAGUUGCUAAUAUUGAGGAUGAACAUUCUGCUUUUACUCUGGUUGGAAUUCAGUGAAACUCCAGAAAACACCGUCGCUGUAGAAGAACUAGUUUUUACCUGUUUUCUUAUUUUUGUUUCUAACUAAAACCAUUUGUUGUCCCUGA